AUGCAUCUCGCAGCUCUAUUGGUCAUUCCGCUCUUGACCUCCGUCGUGCAGAGCAGCGAUGGCACGUUCUUGGACCAGGCUAUCAAGUUGAUGGAAGAAAGUCCGCUGGUGGACACGCAUAUUGAUCUCCCCCAGAUCAUCCGAAGCUUGAACCGUCGACCACUAGAUGCGAUUCCGCAGCUGAACGGCUCUUUCCCCGGCCACGUCGACAUUCCCCGGAUGCGACAAGGCCGGCUGGGAGGGGCAUUCUGGACCGUGUGGGCGCCCUGCUACGACGUGACGGAGGAAGACCCGGGUUCUGAUUUCAACACGCCGACGAACCACCUGCGCGACGCGAUGGAGAUGCUCGACGUCAUCCAGAACAUGAUCGCCCGGCACCCGGAGCACCUCCAGUACGCCAGGUCGACGGCCGAGGUGUGGAGCGCGUUCCGAGCCGGCAAGAUCGCCUCGCUGAUCGGCAUGGAAGGCACGCAUGUGCUGGGCAACUCGCUGGGCGCGCUGCGGCUGUUUGCCCAGCUGGGCGUCCGCUACUUGACGCUGACGCACACCUGUCACAGCGCGUUUGCGUCGUCCGCGGGGCCCGGAACCCCGAUCGACCCGGUCCACGCGGGCAACUCGUUGACUGCGCUGGGGAAGGAGCUCGUCCGGGAACUAAACCGCGUGGGCAUCCUGGUCGACCUGUCCCACACGUCGGACGCGACCAUGCGGCAAGCCAUCGAGCUGUCCGAGGCACCGGUCGUCUGGACCCACGCGGGCGCCCGUGCGCUCUGGGACCACCCGCGAAACGUGCCGGACGACAUCCUACGCCUGAUCGGCGACGGGCCGGGCAAGAAGGACGGCGUGAUCCAGUCCAUCUUCUUCCCGCCCUUCAUUGGGCCGAACCCGGGCGCCAACGUCUCCCGCGUCGCCGACCACAUUGAGCAUAUCGCGGGCAUUGUCGGGAGGAAUCGCGUGGGCAUCGCCUCCGACUUUGACGGCAUGUACAUCUCGGUCGACGGUCUGGAGGAUGCCAGCAAAUACCCCAAUAUAGUCGCAGAGCUUCUGUCCAGAGGCUGGACGCCGGAAGAGAUGAAGGGCGUCAUGGGCGGCAACUUGAUGAGGAUCAUGGACAAGGUGGACGAAGUCAGUGAGCGAUUGAAGCAUCAGCUGCCGUCCUCGGCCAUUUGGGAGAAACGUCAAGACCUUCCCGCAACGAAAUGGGGCGGUGGGGGGAUCCAGACAUACUGGCCCAGAGACGUGAAGGAGGCGGUCGAAAAGAUGACGGUGCGCCACGACGAAUUGUGA